UUCCCCCUUAGUCUUUUGUUGAUUUUCUGGCGUGUCGGCAGGAGAGGAGAGGCGGAGGUGUAGUAUAGGGGAGUGGUUACGAAUCGGAACACACCGAGCUAGUUGGAGGGGAGCAGUCAGAGCAUUCGAUUCGGCGUGACUGUUGAUGCGUGAGGAUCUUCCGGCAAAUUUUCAUCCGUUGUUGGACUGGCUGAAAGGAGUCUAGGCGGGAAGCGUCGGCGGCCAAUCGGUGUGGAGUGAUUGUACGGCGGCAUCUGACGUCCCCCCAGAGCUGCAAACGCCUUACCCGAGUUUCUGAUCUAUGAUGGAACUGGGUUGGGACUUCCAGAGAAUACUCUAGGAUUGAACUGAGCAAGAAAUUACGAGAGGAGAAAAAUGUCCAACAACACCCCCGACCUCUCCUCCGUCCUAGCAACCCUCUCCGCAUUAUCCAACCAAUCUCAAGCUCAAGCCCAAGCUCAAGCUCAAGCGCACCUACAACAACAACACCCACCACCAUAUAUCUCCAACAAGAACACUCAAAAUGUCCCAGAAGACGACACAGACCCCUACGAACCCUCUGAAACCAUCAUCCCCCUAACCCCAUCCCCAAACAUCCCCCACCCCAAACCUCAACCCCAACCCCAGCACCAAAAACCCACCUUCCACCUCCCCAACACCUCCACAAUCACCACCUGGCCCCCUGCGUUGAAAAGCAUCAUGCGCACCCUCUCCACCAAUGAAGACCUGCAGCGGAAGAUCCGCUUCCUGAUUCAGCGCCAGCAUGAUCAUGAGCGCCAGUGGUGGACGGGGAGGGAGGCGCUGGUGCGAAAGCAGAAGGCUCGGGUGGAGAAGAAGAAGGAGUUGGAUGCUGUUUUACGGUCUGUGGGUGCGCCGGUUGAUGAAAAGGAGAUUUCGACGGCCGAAGAAGACCGCGCUGAGUUGACCAACUACGAUCUGAAGGUCUACAAGGCGUCGAAGCAGAUGGCCGAUGCCUUGACGGGAGAGCUGCGGGCAUUGCAGAUCCCCUUUUUCAGCAUUACGCCGAGUCUGGUCGUCGACUCGGCGGGGUCGACUCAUCCUCCUGGGAUCGGCAGGGAUGAACUCGCCGUUCUACGACGGAGGAUGUUGGAGUUGCUGCAGGACUUUUGCAAGGAGUGAUGGGCCUGUCCCGAGCCAUGGGCGAAAGAGGAAUAGGUCAUGCUCUGGAUUUAUGAUUAUGGAUAUGAUUAUGUACACCAAUUCUCUCUAUCCUCGGCCCCCGGCCAAACCGUCUAUUCCGUUCGCCUAAGGAGCAUGCGCAGCGCCUGAAUCUUUCAGCUCAUACAUAUAUGCAAGUAGCGAAUCCCAUGAGCACACAAUGCGUCGACCACGCUGUGUUACAA